AAAGACGUGGCUCUUUACAACUACAGGACGCACCUGUGCGUCGCGCAGGUCCUCUUUCUCCGGGGAUAAAAGUGCGUAACGUUCCUCCCGUUUUUACGCACGGGGACACGCCGAGCUGGAGAGACGCGGAUACUGUCCCGGACGCACGAUGCUGAUCCGUACAUUGGCCCAGGGCAGGUCCCUUCUGGCCUCCUUCCCCAUGCCGGGACGGCCCCUGCAGCCUCUGCAGCCUCAACUCGACCUCAAACACCUCCUGCCCUUCAGACUCAAUGGGUCCUCCCCCCUCAGCCUCUUCCCCAACUUUAGCACGAUGGACCCGGUCCAGAAGGCAGUGAUCAACCACACAUUCGGUGUCCCUCAGCCACUCAAGAAGAAACAAAUUAUCUCCUGCAACAUUUGCCACCUGCGCUUUAACUCAACGAACCAAGCAGAGGCCCACUAUAAAGGCCACAAGCACGCCCGCAAGCUCAAGGCUAUGGCGACCCAGAAGAACCGGCAGCGACGAGCCGGGGAGGCCUCGUCCACAGGAAGGGAGAGGGACCGAGACAAAGACCGGGAGCGGGACAUUUGCAAGAGGUCCACGUCUGAGGCGGCUCUACCUGCGCUCAUGGAAACCAGCUCAAUGGAGGGAGCGGGUCUCCUGUCUGACCCAGAGCCAGCCGACCUGGAGGAAAAGCUUGAAGAGAUUCCCGGCAGCUCACUCAUGCAGACACCGGUGUUCGAGGUUUCCUCCGUGGAGGUGGUCACCCUUUCCAUCACACAGGUAUCGCCUUCCUCACACCUCUCUGAGACCGCCUCAGACACCGAGGUCCCGGAGGCUAUCGAGGCCGUGGGACCCGUCAACGAGUCAGGCGGCAAUGGGGACACGUUCAGCGUGAAGGAGGUGCCGCGAACAGACGAGGACAAGGACCCCAAAAAGAGCAAGGCUCACCUCCAUUGUCCUGUCUGCAAAGUCACCGUCAACUCCACCUCCCAACUGGAUGCACACAACACUGGUACAAAGCACAAGCUGAUGCUGGAAGGUCACAGUGUUCUGCCCCGGCGCAGGGGGAAGGUGGUGGCGGCCCGCGCCGGCUGCAAGAGCAAGAGGCUGGCGAGCAAAGGCAGCGUCGGGGUGCCCAGCAAGAACUUUCAUUGUGAAGUGUGUGAGAUCUUUGUGAACUCUGAGACCCAGCUCAGCCAGCACAUGAACAGCAGGAGGCACAAGGAUCGGCUGGCCGGAAAACCACCCAAACCCAAGUUCACGCCCCACAGCAAGAGCCAGCCGAGCACCAGCUUUGCGAGCCUGAGAUGGAGUAGCUAUGCAGGCGUGGCUGUGUCUGCCAUGAAGAAAGCCUUCAGCCAGUACAAUCUCACCUCCCUCUCCUCACAGACCAAACUGGCCUUGCAGAAGCAGCUGACCAAGAGCUUGACAACUGGCUUCCUGCCCGGGCCCCUCACCCACCCAGCCCUGUGCACAAUGGCUACUAACCCACUGGCUCUGCGCCACCCGGUGGGCACCACCACCUUCAUCCAGAACCCCUUCCUGGGCCCCGCACUGUUCCGGCCGGCCCCGGGGCCGCUGCGUGCCACACACACGCCCUUCCUCUUCUCCCCCUACUAAAGACUUGGCCCACUUCCUGAUUGAGCUCCACCCUUGUCCCUGUGCCAAACCCCAGGCCUCUCCUCCAGUGUGACCCACAUGACCGAGGCCACACGCAAACUAUGCAGCCCGCCUGACUUACAAUGGAAAGAGUGCACAAGUCCUGAUGCUCAGUAGGCCAUUAGGCCUGAGAGCUGUUCCUAUCGUAAAGGCCCAGAUCCCCCAUCAUGCCUUCUUUCUGCUCCUCUUAUCAUGACCCUAGGAGCAGGACAGGCCUCCAGACAGUGACUGGUGCACAGAGGCCGCUUUUAUAGCCAUUUCAUGGGUCAACGUGGUCUGGAUUAUUAUAUUAUUGUGUAAUUUAUUAGAGAGAAAAAUAUAGACAUGUCUCGAUGUAUGUUUAGUGUGGUUGCCACAAAAUAAGGUCCCUUUACUUGAUGCUCUUUUAAAACGUUUUUUUUUUUAACUUAUUGGUUUGAGGGUUUCAUGAAAGGUGGGAGGGUCAUAGGUCAUUGAAGCAGCUGCACCAGAGGCCUCCUCAUAUGUCUGGACAGAGCUCUCAUUGACCAGUGUUUUCAAUCAACAACCCUAAAGGACCAUGUGAGGCCACUUGCUGUCAUGUUUCUCGUUGGUUAUGGCGGUCAUCAUCCCUGUGAGUGGUGUGUAAAAUUGCAUAAAUUACAACUCUGAUUCAUCUCACAACUUUACUUUCUGAGUCACCGCCACCGUCAUAACCCACUUAGAUUUAUUUAUUUUUUCUGUCCUGUAUCCGCAGGAUUAAGCACUCAUUAGUAUCCAGAGAAGGUCAGCUUGUCAACUCGACUUUGAUCAAUUUCCAAAUGUCUCUUUGGAGUCUUUUUUUUUCUCCCUUCGGUGAAUCAUUCAUGCAGCCUGAACAUUAUGUUCCCGCAAAGCUCGCGUCACAAAGUCGUUCUCGCAGCCACGGAUGUCUUACAUUGCAAAGCACCAUCAUUUCAUUCCCCUGGUGACUGCUCUUUUUCUUUCCCUUCCCUCCUCCACCACGCUGGCGCAUCGCUGUUGCCCUUGAUUUUUUGCGGAGUGAUCUCAGCAUGAAAUGAGGAGGAGGAGGAGGAGGAGGAGCAACACAAACACGUACACUUACACACACACAGAAUGAAAACACAAUGGAUAACUUUGAAGACUUCAGAGGGUUUCAGAGCUCAGUUGUGAUGACGGUGACCACGUCUUGAUUGACAUCCUGUCGCAGCGCCUGCGUGGGAGUGAACAAAGCACAGUGCCAUGGCAACCACAUUAAAAGCACCUUUAAAAACAGGAUUUUACUGACAAAAGCAAUGAAACUUGUGUUUGAUAUUUGCCUACGUUUUGCCCUCGGCGUGUCUGUUGUUGCAUCUCAAUUUAAUUUGAAAGAGAAAAUAACAAUCGGGUGGGAUUGUUUACUUUAUGGUUUAAUCCAUAACCAAGACAAGUCUCGCACUCAAAGCAAUACGUUCAGUAUGUUCAUGUCUAUGAAGUGUGUUCAGUGUGUCGAUGGCUUUAUCUACUCUAUACUGUACACGCCUGUAACCAUGUAUUACUGUCUCCAUCACAGCCAGGGGCCCCAACUCUGAAACGCGGGUCGUCCUGAGGGUGUUCUGCCCUCCGUCUCCACGCGUUGGGCCCCCGGGCCGAGCCGUUCCGGCCCCUUCGGCGCCAUAUGACAUUGCGGUUUCCACUUUUCAGUGGAGCGGGAGUACUUUCGAGUGACUUCCAACUUAGCAAAAAUGACAUCGGAGACAAAGUGUUUUGGGACAAGUGUCACGUGUGCAACAUCAACCGUCAUAUUGUUGUUAAUGCCCCCCCACACACACACACACACACACACUAACACACGAGGAUAUCUACGAACUCUCAGCUCUCCCUCUGCCAACAAUGAACUGUUGGCAACGUCUCAUGAGGACUGUGAUCGUGAGCGUCAUCCUUCAUCACUCAAUCCAAAUCAUGUAUAGUAGUAACGGAGCAGAUCCUAUGCAUUUCUCAUUGUGCAAUACGUAUAGUCGUCUGUGAUGCAGCAGUGCCAUCUGUCGUAUAAACCCUGUAAUGGCCAUCCGGUGCUCGUGCUUCUCCAAAACCCAAACCCUUUGAUCAUGUAUGUGUAUUUCUGUUUAAGGAGCCCCAAGUCUCUCUGGGUAAGCGAGGCCAUACUGAUGUGAUGCUCCCCGUCACGCUACUCAGUGAACCAGCCAGCCUUUAAUAUUCACUGUGUUUUUGUUUCGCGCAGUGGGAACUCUGGCCUAAAGAAGUGAAUCUUUCUUUAAACGAAAAAAUAAUCUAGAUAAGGCAAAUUAUAUGUAGAAAUCAUAGAGGAACUAUAGAGAUUUUAUCAGAGUUGCUAUUGUUAUCAUAACUGCUAUCAUAGAGGAGAGGAGAUUACGUUAUUGUAGGCUCUGUACAGCACACAGGGAAAUGAAAAAUGCUUUGCUUUCUUUUGUUCUUUGUUUGUUUAUUUACAUGGUUUUGACAACAUGUUUUAUUUUUGGUUUUUUUAAGUACAACAGAAAAUAUUUAAAACAAAAGUUUUUGUGAGUGAUCUUUUUUUGUUUUUCUCCUUGUGACUGAAUUAAUAAUGUAAUUCAAGGCCUUUUUAGAUAAAUAUCCAAAAGUCACAUUAGCCAGGCCUUCUCAGGGGUGACAGGUUGGGCAAAUGCUAACAUGACCAUCCAUUCAGGGUAUCCCUCCAUAGCUCUAGAGCAGGAAACACUGUACACAUGGAUGGAUUGAAGGACAACAAAUACGAUAUUUACAGUGCUGUACCACAGAGGGGACAAGGGAUGGAUUUUGGAAAAUAAAGCUUUUAGAACUUGUAAAAACA